UGGACAGCAGCCUGGGCUCUGGGGCGACUGACGAUUCUGACCAAGCAGAGGGGGUGAACAGGAGGCUGGAGGCUGUCCGGCGGUAGGCAGCGAUGCUUUAUGUAGACAAGUAUCGGCCCAAGGCGCUGGAGCAGUUCCAGCUGCACAGCGAUGUGGCGGACAAUCUCAGAAAACUGGUGGUGAAUGGCGACUGCCCGCACACCCUCUUCUAUGGCCCCCCUGGCGCCGGCAAGAAGACGCUGAUCCUGGCGCUGCUGCGGGAGAUCUAUGGGCCCGGCGUGGAGAAGCUCAAGGUGGAGUGCAAGCCGUGGAAGAUCAAGCUGCCCAGCAGCAGCAUCGACCUGGAGUUCACAACCAUCUCCAGCGCAUACCAUGUGGAGAUGAACCCCAGCGACGUGGGGAACAGGGACAGGUAUGUGGUGCAGGAAAUCAUCAAAGAGAUGGCCAAGAGCCGCCCCAUCGGCACCGACGGCCAGCGCAGCUUCAAGGUGCUGGUUUUGAACGAGGUGGACCAGCUGAGCAAGGAGGCGCAGCACUCUCUGCGCCGCACCAUGGAGAAGUACUCGGCCGCAUGCCGCCUGGUGCUGUGCGGCAACAACGUGUCAAAGGUCAUAGAUCCCGUGCGCAGCCGCUGCCUGUGCAUCCGCGUGGCGGCGCCCAGCCUGGCGCAGGUGGAGGAGCAGGUGCAGGCGGUGGCGGCGCACGAGCGGCUCACGCUGCCUGUGCCGCUGGCCAAGCGGCUGGCGGCGGCAUCCGAGCGCAACCUGCGCCGCGCGCUGCUCAGCCUGGAGGCGUGCAAGGUGGCGCAGUACCCGUUUGCCGAGGACCAGGAGGUGGCGGCCCCCGACUGGGAGCUCUACAUCAGGGAGAUUGCCGCCGACGUGAUGCUGGAGCAGACGCCCAAGCGGCUCUUCCUGGCGCGCGGCAAGCUGUAUGAGCUGCUCACCAACUGCAUACCGCCAGAGGUGGUGCUGCGGCGGCUGGCUGUGGAGCUGAUGCGCAAGCUGGACGAUGAGCUGAGGCACAGCACCGCCGAGGAUGCCGCCAUGUAUGAGCAUCGCCUGCAGGAGGGCCAGAAGGCGAUCUUCCACCUGGAGGCCUUCCUUGCGCGCUUCAUGAGCAACUACAAGCAGUACAUCAUCAGCCUGGGGGCCUAGAUCUGGUGAUGAAGUGCCCAUGCCGGCGACCGGCAGCGCUGGCAUGCUCUUGCGCCCUGGCAAGGCGCUUGCCGCACAGCUUCCAGGCUUCGCCCCAGCUGGGCCCGGGACAGCAGCCUGUGCUCCAGAGUACUGCAUACGUGUCCCUUUUCGCUCUAACACUUGGCCUAGAGGUGCGGUAGGGGCCCCGCAGGACUGACAUUCAAGUGUUGUAGCGGCAGCGGCCCUGACGGCUGACGAGGCGCACCGCCGCUCUGCCCUGGUUCCGUGGGCUCGGUUCCUCUCGCACCCACACGGCGUGUAUCCUGUUUACACGAGACGCACCAUUUUAAGAAGCAACUUUC